AUGGUUAAUCACGGGUCAAAAGUUCCAGAUUAAUUCAUAAUUGACUAAUCAGUUUCCUAAGUUAAUUACAAUCAAUAAGCAAGUUAAUUAACUCCUGUAGGAAUGAGAUAAUUGUAUCUUAGAGGGAGAGAAAUGCGCAGAAGAUACAUUGAAGAUCCUAGCUAAUUUUUGGAUAAACUGCCCAACUCUGAACAAAUAUAUGCUUUUAGUAUGAAUAAAGAUUACUGCUAUGUGUCAGCUAUGAGCUAUCUGAGUGGACUCUAUCCAAGUGGGCUAUAACAAAAACUAUGGGAUAAUCAGACUUAAAUUGCAGUGCCCCCAAUCGAAGUUUUUGAUAGAGACUAACUGAUAAACGAACUAGAUGGUUAUCCUCUUUUGCAAGACAUAUAGACUAUUCCUAUUCAUUCAAAUGCUGGAAAUGACUUUUCUAUGUUAUUUAAUCCCUAGGACUCAAAGUAGUGUCCUAUCAUUAAUUCUAUCCAGCAGUAUAAUCUAGCUAACAACACAUAAGUGAAGUAAAUAAUGCAAAAGUACUAGAAUGGAAUAAUCAAAUUCUUAAAGAAUAAGGUGAACAUUAAAAAGGACUUUUCGAUUGCUGAUGCUAAGGCAUUUGCUGAUGAAUACUUUACCAACUGGUUUGAAAUGAGGUAUACAAAUUACACUCCUAUUGAAGAAGAAAUUAAUGAGAUCAAAGCUUUUAUGAAAGACUACUUUUACUCAUAUAAAUAUAGUAACAAAACUGUAUAAUAAGUAGCUAACUAAGAAUUAUUCAAGAAUCUGAUCUUUUUAUUUGAUGGUAGAGCUGAAGAGGUUGUUGGGAAGAAUGAUAAUUCAACAGUGCAUCUGAAAAAGUAGAAAUACUGGUAUCAUCAAGUAGACCAAGAUUACUUAGCAUCAUUUAUAGCUGCAUUAGAUUUACAGGACAAACAAGUGCCCUUAUUUUCAUCUUCUCUGGUGAUCUAAUUCUAUAUCAGAAACUAUAAUCCACAACCAGUGGUUAGUGACUAUGAUAGAUCUGAUUACUAUGUGAAGUUUUACUUUGAUGAUUAGCCAGUUAAAUCUUCUUCAUUUGAAUGCAAUGAAAACUUUGAAUGCUCAUGGGAUUUAGUAGCAAAAUACUUUGAAGGCAUGAAGCUAAAUGAUACAAUAACUGGUCAAAAGAUAAGUGAUCUUAAGCAAUUCUGUUUCUCUAGUUUGAAUAUGCAAGCAAUUGAUGAUGAUGGUGAUUCCUCGCCAUCAAAUGUCCCUUGGUGGUUAGCUAUUGUUAUCGCAGUACCCUUGGUCAUUAUAACCAUAGCGAUAAUAAAAAUAAUAAUGAUAGUGAAUGAGAAAAAGAGAAGAAAGAGAGAGGAAUAGGAAGCAAUUUACAAUAGACUCACUCCUUAGACUGAUAGUGGAAGCAGCAAUAUAUAGCAGCAGAGAAGAGAUAAUAUUCCUCAUUCAAUUAAUGCAGAGGAUGAUGUUGAGCACAAUUCUACAAUAUGA